AUGUCCCCUGAAGAGAUUGCUAGUGGUCUAAUUGACAUUUCUGCUAUCUAUGAAUCUUUGAAUGAACCUGAUCAGGCACUUAAAUUGCUUCAGAGGGCCUUAAAGGUAUAUGGCAAUGCACCUGGUCAACAAAGCACAAUUGCAGGAAUUGAGUCUCAGAUGGGGGUCUUGUACUAUAUGCUGGGAAGUUACUCUGAUUCUUAUAACUCUUUCACAAGUGCAAUUUCAAAGUUUCGGGCAAUUGGAGAGAAGAAAUCUGCUCUCUUUGGUAUUGCUCUGAACCAAAUGGGACUUGUCUGUGUGCAACUUUACGCAAUAAACAAAACUGCAGAUCUCUUUGAAGAAGCAAGGACUAUUUUGGAGACUGAAUGUGGACCUUAA